UUGCCGAAAUGGGCCCUUUAAAAAAAUCUGGUGGCUUUGAAUUGGACUGCCUGUCAGUGAAGCGGGAACAGUGAAACCGCGGUCAUUCGCCUUUACCCCGUCAUGGGUCAUCUCAUUACAGUAGCAACAUGCUCGCUGAACCAGUGGGCUCUCGACUUCUCGGGAAAUCUAGAACGAAUCUUAAGUAGUAUUCGUAUUGCCAAAGAACGAGGUGCCACCUUACGUGUAGGCCCUGAACUCGAAAUAACUGGCUAUGGAUGCUUUGAUCACUUUCUUGAAGGUGAUACAUAUUUGCACUCAUGGGAAAUGAUUGCAUCCAUUUUGAGCUCUCCUGAAACGGAUGAUAUCUUGCUGGAUAUCGGCAUGCCAGUCAUGCACAAGACUGUAAAAUACAAUUGUCGUAUUGUAGUACUCAAUCGUAAAAUUCUUCUGAUCCGCCCCAAGAUGUUCCUCGCUAACGAUGGAAACUACAGAGAAUUGCGUUAUUUCACCCCAUGGGUGAAGGAAAGGCAAGUAGAGGAGUACUACCUUCCUCGCAUGAUACAGGAAAUCACUGGUCAGAAAACUGUUCCUUUUGGUGAUGCUGUCAUCAGCGCUAAGGAUACUUGUAUUGGUUGUGAAACAUGCGAAGAGCUAUUUACACCACAAAGCCCACACAUUGGUAUGGGUCUGGAUGGCGUUGAAAUCUUUACAAACUCCAGCGGCAGUCAUCACGAACUACGCAAGUUGAACACGAGAAUUGACCUCAUCAAAGAAGCCACUCAAAAACUUGGCGGUGUAUACUUAUAUGCAAAUCAACAAGGUUGUGAUGGUGACAGAUUGUAUUACGAUGGCUGCGCCCUGAUUGCUGUGAACGGUCAAAUUGUAGCUCAAGGAUCCCAGUUCUCGUUGCGGGAUGUGGAAGUCGUAACUGCUACCAUUGACAUUGAAGAUGUCAGGGCUUUCCGCGCGCGUACAGCUAGCAGAGGAAUUCAAGCCAGCAAGUCUGAGGCUUAUACCCGCAUUGAAGCCGACAUUGCCUUGUCUCAACCAAGCUUGGAUGCUGAUAUUCGUGUUUCUCCAGAUGCUCCUCGACCACCCACCUACCACACCCCAGAAGAAGAAAUUGCUCUGGGACCAGCAUGCUGGAUGUGGGAUUAUCUUCGACGAUCUAAGACCGGCGGCUUCUUCUUACCCCUUAGUGGUGGUAUUGACAGCUGUGCAACUGCCACUAUUGUUGCUUCCAUGUGUCGACUUGUAGUGAGUGCAGCCGAAGAAGGUAACCAGCAAGUCAUUUUGGACGCCCGUCGUAUUGCUAAUCAAGGCGAAGACUACAUACCAAAGGAUCCUAGAGAGUUUGCUCACCAUUUGUUCCAUACUUGCUAUAUGGGUACUGAAAACUCCAGCCAGGAGACACGAGACAGAGCUAAAAAGCUUGCAGAGGUCAUCGGGAGUUACCAUACUGACCUGAACAUGGAUGCUGUGGUCAGUUCCAUUCAUACCUUGUUCUCCUAUAUCACCGGUAAAACGCCAAAGUAUAAGGUACAUGGUGGAUCACAAACCGAGAACUUGGCUCUACAGAAUAUUCAAGCUCGUCUUCGCAUGGUCCUUGCCUAUCUAUUUGCCCAGCUGCUUCCUUGGUGCCGCGACAAGCCUGGUAGCUUGCUCGUUCUUGGCAGUGCCAAUGUGGAUGAAAGUUUAAGAGGCUAUUUGACAAAGUACGACUGUAGCAGUGCUGAUAUCAAUCCUAUUGGCGCCAUCAGUAAAACUGAUCUCAAGCGAUUCAUUGCCUAUGCUGAGACAGCGUUCGAGAUGCCCAUUCUGGCUGACUUCUUGAAUGCUACUCCUACCGCUGAGCUUGAGCCCAUUACUGCUGACUAUGUCCAGUCCGAUGAGGUAGACAUGGGAAUGACCUACAACGAACUUUCAAUAUUUGGACGCUUGCGCAAAGUCAGUCAAUGUGGACCUUUCUCCAUGUUUUCAAAGCUGGUGCACGAAUGGGGCGGUACACUCACUCCCACUGAGGUGGCGGCCAAGGUCAAGCGUUUCUUCUUCUACUACUCCAUUAAUCGUCACAAGCUCACUACUCUGACGCCAUCGUAUCAUGCUGAAAGUUACAGUCCCGACGAUAACCGAUUUGAUCUACGACCUUUCCUUUACAACGCUGCUUGGACUUGGCAGUUCAAACGUAUCGAUCGUGCCGCUGAGGCUCUUGAAGCCAAUGAUAAGAAAAAACAGUAGAUGUACAUUAUUAGCUUCAACAACCCUUUUUUCUCCCCGAUGCCUUUUUCGAUUGUUUUCUAUAUUUUUACUUCCUUUAUUCUAAAUUUACAGAUAGUGUUCGAUUGGUGAACAUUUGGUCAGCAACGCAUGCAUAGUGUGAUAAAAAAGGGAAAAGAAAAACAGUAGUGAUUAGCAAGAUUGGAUGUUGAUGGGAAAUGCUUGUUAUUCUUUUGAGUGUGAAAUGCGAUAAAAAAUGAAAUAAACGAUGUGGUGUGAAUAUAAUCCUUAGUAAAAGUCGCCACCGCCCUCUA